AUGGCCACCCAACAGCAGCUCUGGGAAGCAGCCCGUGCCGCGAUUACCUCUCUACAAGGGAUACCAGAGCUACACCAAGCCAAGGUCGCAAUCAUUGGGGACGUUGAUAUACUGAUUUUCGAUGGGGACCAUCCGAUCUGUACUCGAGCUAUCCGGGCUGAGUUAGUCUCCUUGAUUCCGAGGAAGUUUGAGGAGAGAGCGCAGCCAAUAUACUUCACGGGCAACCCCGACAACUUAAUCCAGGUGGACAUCAUCCCACCGGACUUGCCGCCCUAUCUUCCUGCUGACGCGGCAACUCUGGGGGAGGUGGACCCGAACCAUCUUCCUUUUCUUGCCCUGCUGGACCUGCUGGUCCACAAAAUCCACUGCUGCAGCUUGCGGCCCUCACCGGACAAGCGAGCCCAGGAUGCGAAGGACGCGCGCGAGCUAGUCAAUAUACUGUCUCGGCAGGAGGCCAUUGCCCUCAAUGACUCACAGGAACAGGCCGUCCUGUCUGGUUUGGAAGAAAUGGUGGAGUAUUCUGGGGAAACAAGAGAGUGGUGGGAAUCUGCCCUCGGGCUGAGCGGCUGA